UACUACUAAUAAUCAGCCUACUACUAAUAACAAGGGAUAGCCCUUAGCUAUGUUAUGUUCAAUAGCGCACAUACGUGUAGUUACACUAAGGGCCAUAUCUCAGAAGGAAAUCAUGGUGGCGGCAUCACGGCUGAUUCACCAACAAAAUGUAUGCAGUUGACAGGUUUGUGGGAUCGUGAACCCAACGCUUAACUACUGGACCACGCAGGCCGUCAAUCGUAAUAUCUACACAUACUUCGUUCUUAUUCAUAUGGUAUUUUAUAUGAACCACCCGCCUUAGUUUGGUAUUGUAAGUAUAUAAAACAAUAAUUUGAUGUGUAUAUUUCUAUCAUAAGUGUACCAUAUUCGUCGCACAUCUCCAGCAUUGACACGGCAGUCUUGUCCGCUGCAUCAGGUGCUUUUGAUGUCGCAGGGUGAAUAGCCUGGUCUAUCACAGAUACAGUUUCUGACAUAAUCGGAUCCUGAAAAGCAAUAUCAAAACUUACACUGAUGUAAGAUGCUUACAUCUGAGAUCUUACGUUUUUGCAAUAUGCCUGAGAAGUUAAGCAGCUGAUUGGCUGAUUUAUAAAAUAUUCUUUACUGCACUUAAAAAAUAACUAACGUCUAGGACUGGGAUUUUCUUGCAGCUUAUCCUAUGCCAGUUGUGAGAAGCUGUACGCUUUAGGUGGAUGAGACGUUCCGUUAUGUAAAAAAUAACCUCAGAAGAAUGGCCUCAGAGCAGCCUCCGUGGUCUAAUGGUUAGAGCGUUAGGCUCACGAUCUGGAGAUCCGGGUUGGAUUCCCGAUGGGACAUUGUCGAAAUCACUUUGUGAGACUGUCCUUUGUUUGGUAAGGACUUUUCAGGCUUGAAUCACCUGAUUGUCCGAAAAAGUAAGAUGAUUCCGUGCUUCGUACGUUAAGUCGUAGGUCUCGGCUAUUAGCCGUAAAAACACCUCCAUCAACCCGCAUUGGAGCAGCGUGGUGGAGUAUGCUCCAUACCCCCUCCGGUUGAUUGAGGGGAGGCCUGUGCCCAACAGUGGAACGUAUAUAGGCUGUUUAUGUUAUGUUAUGUAUGAAGGGAAUGAAACGUACUGGUUCAACUAUCAGAUGCUGUAUAUCAGUUCGGCUGUCGAUAUACGCCCAGAAGUCAGAAACCUUCUGCUGACUGUCUUCGGUAUCAAUAUUUUUAUCAAGAGUAAAAUCUAUGACUAAAUGCUGAGCCCUCAUUGGCUCGCCACAUUCACUAUCACCGAAAUUACUGAAUUCGGAGAAAUCAAUACUUGUUGGUAUCUUAGCAGAUUCAGCAGAUAAACAUGAUGAAUUAUCAAGCAGGUGUUCGGCGUCAAGUGGUUCAUCAUUGCUUAUCAGAUCUCCGGUAGACGCCCACACUCUAGUGGCUUCACUGCGUUCAGUACACAUUUCUUGUCUUUCCUUGUCCAGUCCGUACCCACUAGUAGGUAACAACCGUAAAAUAAAAUAAUUAAAAAGAAUAAAUAUUGCUACGUAUAACUAAAAUAACGAUUAAGCAAAGUCAAUUAAGAAAACUCAGUAAAUAUUGUGUUGUAAGAAUAUUUUUGUAUAUAUGACAGAUAUUAACGAUUAUAGUGUGAUGUCACUUAAGACAUAAUGAAUCAUAGAGCAACACGGGCCUCCGCAGCAUACGUCACCCGUCACUCUCUCACAGUACCGCAUAGAAAGAGACAGACUAUCUCUGUUGCGGCGAGAAAGAGUCGCGUGCUUACGGUGCUAGGCCCAAUGAUGAAUUCGCAUUGAAUAUGAGAGUAUGAUUGAAAUCAAGAAAUGAUUGAAAAGGAAACAUUUUAAUAAAAACUUAUUCAUUUAUUAGCCGCGCUUUGGCCGCGGAGAUUCGAGUUGCGCUUUAUAUUUUUUUUCUUCUGGCGUUGCUCAAUGUUUAUUAAGAACCUACCUACUUGGGUCAUAUAUAAUGUUGUAUGUCCCUUUAUAAAUAAAUAAAUUACUUCAUUAUAAGGAGCAUUUAAAUGUAAAUGUAUUGUUGUAGGUCAUUUAAUUUAAAAAGACACACAUAUUCUCUGCACUAGUUCACCGAAAAUCCAAGUUUUACAGUAUUGAAUAAAACUGGUUUUUGAAAAUAAAAGUUGUAGAAAAAAUAUAUCUCACUGUCAAUAUGACAACGUCUGUAGACUUUAGCACAUGUUAAAAUUAAAUUACAUUCUCAAAGAUAUUUUUUCUUCCUAAUCUUGGAUAACAUUAGCAAGGAAAACAGUACUCUCCGUUUGAUUUUCCAACCUGGAGGAAAACCAGUCCAAUACAGAUUAAGACUGGACCAUAGAGUUUUGGCCAAAGGAGUAUUUACAUCGUUCGGGGACAAUAGUUAAGAACUUCGCUAAAAGUUGUGAAAACAUGGCUGACAAUGAUGAACAUAUUGAUAUAAGAAGUGGAAUAUACACUCAUGUCCAAAAUAAGUUAACAAGUGAUACUACGGAUUUGUGGCGUGGAAAAAGUGCCCUCCAUGCAAAGAGUUACGCAGACAUCCACAUAGACAAUGCCAGAGCAAGACAUCACAAAACGAUAGUGACGCAAGAGUACUUGAAUUCAAGGACGUCGGAUAGUACUAUUACCAUAGACGAAGUGAUAUAUCCAGAUGACGAUGACGCGGAUAACGGAGAGCCUUUCCAACCACAACACCUGGUUAUAGACUUCACACCUAUACCCGGAGUAGAUGAUGAUGAAGAAAUACUACAAAACUGUGAAGAUUUCUGGGCCUUUUUUAGAAAUGAACCCAAAUUGCAAGGCAUGAUGGUCGAACCUGAGAUGGACAUGAAUUUCAAAAGCAUAGAAUCCAAACAUACUUCAGAUGUUGGGGAGAAUAAAGAAAAAUCUGCCGUGGAAAUAAUGGGAGAGAUGCCGUUGGAAAUCCUCAGGGGUGCGGGAAGGAAUCCUAUGUACAAGCAUUGUCCCGCAUCAGGCUCCAGCAGUACUGGUUUAGCACCGGAGAAGAAAGAUGAACACCGUACUUGGAGGUGGAGAGGCGAUUUGCCAGUUAUGGACUUCUCCAAAGAAUGUGUACAUUCUGAAUGUGUCUGUCCUGAAUGUGUAUGUGAGGACAAAUACCAGGCGAUAGCUGAUGCUGAGACGAAACAGCUUUGUAUGGAGAUGAAACAGUUUGAUGAGACACAUCCUAAGUCUUUCGAUCCUCCUGGUCUUCCACCCCGCUUCAUCAAUACCGUGCUGCAGCGUGUACCUCAUUAAGUUAAUAUAAUACUUGUGUUACCACGCUGUGCGUCUCCUCGGGUGGGCAGCAUAAGCUUAAGCAUAGAAAAGAUAAGAAACAAUACUAUGAUGUAUAGAAAGGUAACUCUCCGCACCCCACCAGCGGAGUGAGCUAGGUUUAUAUUCACCAUCCUGUGGUCUUACUUUAGUCUUCAAUCGUAUGGGCGUCAGACGUCACACACACAGAUGUGCGUGUACGAUAACAUCAAUGUGUAGUGUCUGUGUAAAACGAGGUUUUUUGUAUGCGAUGUCCGGGGUGUCGUUUACGGUAUCUUUUAUUAUAAAUAAUAGCUAUUUUACUCAAUUUGUCAUUUAACUUCAUUUUAUUAUUGUUAUUGUACAAUUGGGUAGUUUCCUAGGUCAAAGAUAAAUUAUGAAAUAAAAAAAAUAAAAAAAAAAUUGUUAUUGAAUAAAUUAUGAUUAAAUUCUGAUUACAAAAUAAAGACAGAUCUAAAGUUGACAAAAUAUGUUUUCUUUUUUAAGAAAAAUUUUAUGAAAUAGUACGACGUUUUGUCACGUUUUUCUAUGACGUCACAGGUUGCUAUGUCAUACAAAUUCCAUAAUAAUUUUGUGUUUUGACGUUUAGUAAAAAGUAGAUAGAUAGAUCGUUUAUUUGCAUGAACACAGUACAAUGGUCUUAAUAAGUAAUAUGUAUGUCCUUAGUGUAUUCAGCCUGCUUGCAGGCGUGCAAAUAUUAAUUUACAAUAAAAAGUAUAAUACAAAUUUAGCUUGAAACAAUUGGCAUGGUGUGAUGCUCCCUGGCCGGAUCAC